CCUGCAGCACCCAGCAAUUUCCCCAAGAAGAAACAAAAACACACACACACACAACCCCCUAGAGAGAGAAAAAUCAGAAGAGCCUUCUCGCUCCUCUUCUCUCAGAGCUCUCUCUCUCUCUCUCUCUCUUGCGAUCCGAUCGCCCCAAAUCUUUGGAACCCUAAUUGCCCCCACAGACGUACAUUGCUCCAAUCCCUAAUUACCUCUCCAUUCUCUCUAUCUCUCCCCCAAAAUUUUGAUCGCUCUCUCCCCGUUUUGCCCUUCUCGUCAUCGUCGUCGAUCAAAACUCGUCGACUCUCAUCGCUAUCCCAAACCCUAAUUCAUGGCUGCGAUUAAUCCAGGUAACAGGAACAAUCCCGAAACGGCUCCGCCGGUUCAAUCGCCGCGUCAGGGCGGUGGUGGUGAGAGUGUGAGCAGUCCGCAGUCGCGUCGGGUGGCCAAGGCGGCGCCUUGGACGCAAAUUGUGCGAGGGGAAUCUGAGCCGCCGAUCACGGCCGCUCCUUCCUCGCCAUCAUCAUCGACCGCUGCUGUGACUGAGCAACAAGCUGCAGCAGCGGCUUCUUUUUCGUCGGCCUCGCCUACUCAGUCUAAUUCGCCGUCGCCGACUCCGGCGGAGGAUUCAGUGGGUGAGGGCUCGGAGAACGGUAGUGGGCCCAGCGGCAAUGCGGGUAAGAAGCCCGCCUGGAACAAGCCGUCCAAUGGAGCCAUUGAGGUUGGGCCGGUAAUGGGAGCUGUUUCUUGGCCUGCUUUGUCCGACGUUCGGGCUUCCACUAAAUCGUCUUCUGAAUCUUUGAAAGGUGUAUCUGAUGCGCCUUUGUCCGUCUCUGUCACGCAGGGGGCUGGAACUACAACAAUCUCAUCACUGAAACAAGUGAAUUCUUCUUCGACUCCAACCCAUAGUGGACCUACUCGCCAGAGAUCGAUGAAACAAAGAAAUAAUGCAAGUGCAUCCUCUAAUGGUGGCAUCCCCCAGCAUCAAAUGCCAGCUGGCCAAGGUGUUGAAGUGACUCCAAAUAACCCUUCACCUAAGGAUCAUAGCCAUAGGAGUGCAUUUGGGUCACAAACUCACAGCAGCAACGAUCAUCCACAGCAACGUAAUUCCUUCAGAAACCGAAAUGGUGGUCCACAUCCCCGUGGAGAUGGUUCUCACCAUCACAACUAUGGCAGCAGGCAUCAGGACCGUGGAAGUCAAGAUUGGAACAAUCAUCGAAAUUUUAACAGUAGAGACAAUCACAUGCAUCCUCAGAGAGUUGUUCCUAGGGCAAUGAGGCCAUCUCACCAAGCACCGGCACCACCAAAUGCUCCCGCGUUUAUCCCCCAGCCUAUGAGGUCUUUCGGUCCCAUAGGAUUUGACGUGCAAGGACCACUGGUAUACUUUCAACAGGAUCCACUAGUACCUUUUAUGGCACCACCACGGCAUCCCCUGAUAUUUGCAGGUCCAGAUCGUCAGCUGCAUAAUAAGAUUAUUAAUCAGAUAGAUUAUUAUUUCAGUAAUGAAAAUUUAAUUAAAGAUACUUUCUUGCGGCGAAACAUGGAUGAUCAGGGAUGGGUUCGUGUUAAAUUAAUAGCAGGCUUCAACAAAGUUAUGAAUUUGACAGACAAUAUCCAGAUUAUACUGGAUGCUUUGAGAAUGUCAACUGUGGUGGAAGUACAGGGUGAUAAAAUAAGGAGGCGCAAUGAUUGGAUGAGAUGGGUGAUGCCAGCUGCUCAGUCUCCUGCUGUUUCAAGCUCUCAGACCCUUGGAAAAUCUGGAAAUGAUAUGCUAUCAGCUCAUAUCCAAGGUAUUUCACUUGAUGAGAAGACUACUAACAACAAGAAUAUUCAGAACAAUACCCAGCCGCAGCCGUAGCCGUCCUCUGGUGAUGGAUCAGGUCAAUUCAGUGUUCAAGGAGGUGCAGAUCGCACUAUUUCAGCAAGAAAUUAGAGUUAAGGGGACGUGCAAGACUGCACAUACUUUGUUAAAGAAAAAUGAACUGUAGGAAAAGGUGUUUGAAAGACAAAGAUGGUGAAUAUUUUUUAAAUCUUUUUUCCUUUUUGAAAAUAGUAGUCAUGCCAUGGCAUGAUGAAACUUGCUUUCUUGCCUGGCAAAUAGAAAGAAAAAAAAAUUAAAUGGGGAAGAGAAUUAUCUAGGAACAGAAGCAAAGCUUAGUUGUGCUGAAGGUUGUUGACUCAAGCUAUUAGCUUGAGCUUAUUGGGAUUACUGUACUAUUUUUGGGGCAGUUUCCAUUUUCACUAGAUUUAAAUUUUAUGGUGGCAUGGUUGAUGCUUUUGUUCUGG